AUGUCAUUUGCACCAAAAGACACUCAUAUUGCUCAAGUACAAUUCGCACUUGAACGAGGAGUUCCUGCUUUAAUUGGCAUUCUUGCUUCGAUUCGGUUACCUUACCCUUCUAGAGCUUUUGAUAUGGCACAUUGUUCUCGUUGCCUCAUCCCAUGGGGACAGUACGAUGGCUUGUAUUUAAUAGAAGUUGAUAGAGUUUUACGUCUAGGAGGAUAUUGGAUCCUCUCGGGCCCACCUAUCAACUGGGAAAGGCAUUGGAAGGGUUGGGACAAAACAGCGGAACAAUUCAAAGGAGAACAAGAUGUGAUUGAAAGCGUGGCGAAAAGCCUAUGUUGGAAAAAGCUAAUUCAAAAAGGACGAUAUUGCCAUUUGGCAAAAGCCUACGAAUCAUGCUCAUGGCAAAAUCAAUCGUAUACGAAGUUGGAGACAUGUUUAACUCCACUACCGGAUGUCUCCAAUAUCAGAGAGACAUCCGGUGGUGGGCCAGUGGCAAAAUGGCCACAAAGAUUAACGUCAACCCCACCAAGAAUCAUUUCUGGUAGUGUUGGAGAAAUUACAGAAGAGGUUUACAUAAACGAUACAAAUCUUUGGAGGACAAGGUUAUCAUAUUACAAGACACCAGAUCAACAACUAGCAGAGAAGGGGCGGUGCGAGGCGAUGUCUACUUAUCCAAGAACAUAUGAUUUCAUUCAUGCUGAUGCGAUUUUUAGCUUAUAUAAAGACAGGUGUGAAAUGGAAGAUAUAUUGUUGGAAAUGGACAGGAUUUUACGACCACAAGGAAGUGUAAUAAUACGUGAUGAUGUUGACUUUUUGGUCAAUGCAAAGACGAUUGCUGAUGAACUCAAAUGGGAAACAAGAUUGGUUGAUCAUGAAGAAGGGCCGCUUGUGAGGGAGAAACUACUCAUUGCUACAAAGCAAUAUUGGACAGCUCCGGCCCCUACCCAAAAUCAAUAA